AGAAUUUUUAACUAUGUCAACAGCAUCAACAACGCCAGCUGAGCUCUUCAAUGCAGCCAACACUGCGAAGACGUUCGCAUACGCUCCCUAUUCAAACUUCCGCGUUGGCGCUGCCCUUCGCACCACAUCCGGCCGCAUCUUCACUGGCUGCAAUGUCGAAAACUCGAGUUACGGUCUCGCAAUCUGUGCCGAGCGCACGGCACUGGUCAAGGCUGUCAGCGAGGGCUUCCGUGAGUUCACAGACAUUUGCGUCACGACGGACUUGACAGACAAGUUCUGCUCGCCGUGCGGAGCAUGCCGGCAAUUUAUCGUCGAGUUUGGCCUCGACAUUACCGUCCACCUCUGCAAGCCUGAUGGCUCGUCGCAAAUCACAACUUCUGGUCGUAUUCUCCCUGACGCAUUCACCCCCGCUGAUUUGAAGCUGGACCGGGUCAAGGCUUAACUGACCUCGAUCAUUUCUUGUUGGUUCUUUUUGCAACGGCUGCUUCCUGCCCUUGUUUGUUCGUUUGUUUGCUUGUUUGCUUGUGUUUUUCGUUCGAUGGCGUUCUGUUUGCACUUUUUGGUCGCUCGUCCUUGGUUGUAUCAACAUUUGCUUAUCCACACAUUCGUCG